AUGUCGACCAAAGAGCCCGGCGCGAAGGCGAAGAAGCGCGACGACGAGGACUCGUCCGCGGGGCCAUCGCACGUGCAGCUGCUGUCUCCGCCGGGGGGUUCCGCGUCCGCCAGGAAGCGCAAGCUCAAGAGCGCCGCCGCGCCCGCGCACGAUACCGGCACCGGGAAGUCGUCGGGAUCGCGCACCGAGCUCUGCGGGAUCCUGUCGGGACUGCUCGGCCGCUUUAGGCUCAAAUCGCAGAUCUCGCUGGGCGAAGUGGACGACAUCUCGAGCUGGGUGAAUCCGGACGAGUCGUGCGACUGGCGCCUGAGUUCGCUCUCGCAGCUGCACAUUCUGGGCAAGGGCAGCUUCGGCGUCGUCUACCUGGUGCGACACAAGGCCACCAAGGAGCUGGCCGCCCUCAAGUGUAUCGAGAAGCACCACAGGGAGCAGGCUAAGGAAGCCCGACGCGUCGAGGCCGAGCGUGUAGCCUGGCAGGCCGUGUCCCACCAUCCGUUCGUGGCCACACUCAAGGCGUACUACGAGACUACCAGGGCGUGGUGCUUCGUCAUGGAGUACGUGUCCCGGGGCACCCUGAGCCAGAUCAUCCGGCGUUCGGGACCGCUGACAGAGACCAAGGCCAAGCUGGUGUCUGCGCAACUCGCGCACGCGCUCAACUUCGUGCACGGAGCCGGGUACCUGCAUCGGGACAUCAGCUCCUCGAACGUGCUUCUCGACGACCGGGGAAAUGCGCGCCUCAUCGAUUUUGGCCUAUGUCAGUUGGGACUCGAGGCCAAGAACCGCUGCGGCUCCCUCGCGUACAUGGCACCUGAGGUGCUGCGACGGGAACAUUACGGCAUUGGCGCUGACUGGUGGUCUUUUGGCAUCGUCCUAUACACCAUGCUUAUCGGAAAGACUCCUCUGUCCCAAUACGCCGCCGAGCAGAACAUCAAUAUCCAGAUGACGCGCAGGGAGCUGCGCUAUUCCAUGGCAUUGGCGGCCCCCCUGCGGUUCCCUCGUUCUUUGACGGACGAGGCCUACAACAUGCUGCAAGACAUACUUCGAGAGGAUCCCUCGAUGCGCCUCGGAUGUCGCACGGGCGGUGGCUUCACGGAGAUGAUGCAGCACCCAUUCUUCUCGAACGUCGACUGGAGGGCCCUCAUAGACAGCCCUGGCGUCCAGAGUGCUGGUCUCACUUUUGCUUCGCUCACGUCCCCACGCUACUAG